GGAGACAUCUGCAAUAUUAAACUUUCGUGUCACUUUGGAGAUACAAAAAAAUUAGUUGUGAACAGACUUACUGUUUUGACUGUGAUCAUUAGUUGAGGAGUUGGUAUAAUUUGUAAUUAAGAUUCCAGUGCUAGUUCAUUGCAGACUUGUGUUGUACAUAUGGGUAUAAAUUAAAACUAAUUGAAAAGCAAUAAACAAUGACUGACACAAAUAAGAAGAGACAUAAAGCACCACAUUCAACCCUGGAGAAAAUCAGCAGACAGAUCCUCCCUGCCUUUGCACACAGGUUCAUCUUCAGUCAGCCGCACGAGUUCCCUGCUGCCCGUUUCUUUGUGGGCGCUGGUUUCGGGGCGCUCGGUGGCGCAGGGCUAUUCAUCGGUCUUAUGAGCAACAUUCCGAUGUCUGUUGUGUCUAGACUGAUUUCAGCAUACAUUUUUGUGGGUCUCUGUAUUCUGGGAGGGGCAUUCUCAUCUUAUUUCCGAUGUUCAGUCCUACUGAUGAUACCCUGCAUGCUCAGCUCACACGGCCGAGCUUACGUCAUGCUUUUUGUCCUAUAUGGCCUAUAUCAAGGUCCCAUCUCCAACAUCUACCGUAAUGUGCAGGACAUAUCUUUCUCUAUGGGAUGCAACACUGACCUACAGAUUGAGCAAAGCAAAAUUAUGUGGCAUGUUGCGAUUGAUCCAUUCAUUGAGGUGGUGCAAGACAUUGUGAAUGAAAAGGAGGUUCUUCUGGCUGAAGCAAAGAAUGUGAGCAAGAACUUCCAGAACAUCAGAGAUGAGAUGAUGGGAGAUUAUGGCUAUGAUCCUCUUAAUAAGGAACCUACAAUGGCAAAGAACAGUACCCAAGAAAUGUUUAUUUUCAAGACGAUGAUGCGCUGUGAUUACGUGGUGGAACAGGGAAUAGACCAUUGUCAGAAAUGGUUCAAGCAGAGAUGGCAGGAGUGCAUGGACACAAUCAAAGCCCCUCUGAUCAAUCACAUCCUUUGUGUCCCCAUGCUGUUCCACUUCCUGUGUGACAUCAUGAGAGUUAUGACACCCUGGUGCAGACAAGAGAUUCCAGUAGGGGGGAACUUUGGAGAGGCCUAUGACAAACUGAAUGACUCCAUCACCAGGCUGGCAAAAGAUUUCACCGCCAAUAUGGCCUACAAGACAACGGAGCAGGAGUCACUGUUUGGAGAUAGAUUCUCACGUGAAGAGUACACAGAGCAGCUGAGAGAUGCCUUUGAAAAGAAAAUGGUUGUUGCAGAUCAGCUGCUUGAAGUUUUCCAAAUGAUCCUAUCCUGCACCUUCAUCUUCCUUUUCAUCUCGGCUUUUGGAUAUCUCAGACAGUAUAAUCAAGACAUUUACUUUGACAAUAAAUACAUCACAACUUACUUCAGACAGAUUGAUGCACGCAGGAGGAAGCUAGGUAAGCGGUACCUCUUACCACUGAAAAAAGCUGAAAGGCCCAAUUUUAUUUACCCCUGGAGCUUCUAUAUACAUUCCAGUGAGCUCAGUUGUAUGCUUACGGGCCUGCUUAAACUCGUCUCUCUGGUAUUCUGCAUUGGAAUGCUCUUGUCCAUUGAUUGGGUCCUCUAUCACAUCUUUGACAUUGUCCGCAGACAUAUUCUCAUGGAAUACUCUGUCACUAGUAGCCAUCAUGUUGAAAUAAAUGUUGGAGGACAGUCAAUGCUUGCAAAACUCCUACAAAGAACCAUUCGUGCCUUCAACAGAACCUCUAAAUUCGAUAUGAAGUCAACCAACCGAAACUGCCUGCCCCACCCCCGUGCCUUGAGCCAGGAGGACUAUCUGUGGAUCUUAAUUCCCCUCCUGAUGAUGGCGGUCAUGUGUUGCUUACAGGUCUACACCAAUCGACUGCGCAGGGUCAUCGCUGCCUUCUACUUUCCCAAGCGAGAGAAGAGGCGCACUCUGUUUCUGUACAACCUUCAGAUCCACAAGCGGAUCUCAUAUGUGGAGAAACUGCGCAAGAGGCUAAUGAGACAAGGGAGACCACGGAAGACUGUUUUCACAGUGCUCCUCUCCCUGUUCGAGAAGCUGGGUCUGAAGCUGCGGUGGUGCUGUGUAUGCGGGGAGCAUCAGGCAGGGGACGAGGCGGUGCGGUGUCCUGUGUCCACAUGCCAGGCCGUCUACUGUCUUCAGUGCUGGAAUGACCUGGGAAGGUUCUGCUUUGCAUGCAGCCCCUACAGCCAGUCCAGCCUCGAUGACCAUGGUGACAUUGAGAGUUAUUGUGUGGAAUGAGCAAUAUGAAAAACCAGAAAUCUCACACACACACAAAUAACUGUGCUCAAAAGCAAGGCCAUGCAACAAAAAAAAUGGAGAAAUCAGAAACUGUCUAAUUUUAGGAAUUGUAACAGGAUUACGGGAAAUAAUGGGAAACUGCUUAUUUGGUGAAGCACAAAGCGAUGAAAGAAAAGGGGAAGACAAUGAGACAAACCCAGCAGGAACCCCCAGCGCAUGGAUUCACAUACACAUGUACAAACAAACAACACAUUGUCUGAAGCCUAAAUAUACAGAGGAUACUCAUACAUCUGUUUUUUUUUUUUUUUGUCUUUUUGUCAGGGUAUUUUAUUCUUCGCAGCAUUUAUUAUCCUCCUUGUUGUUGAUAUAAAGAUAGCAAGAUACUCAAAAAGAGAUGUAAUAAAUUACUUUUAAUGCAGUAUAUAGUUUU